UGUCUUCUAAAGGACGGUCAUAUGACUGAAUCAUGUGAUUUUUUUGUUUUGGCGGAAGUGCUGGUGAUCAUGCUUGUUUGAGAAGUGACGGAAUCUUUAAAUAUUUUGUGUGGAAAAAAUUCUAACCGCAUGAUUUAGAACAACCGAAGAAAGAAUUACAUUGAUUCAUCAAGAUAGAAGAGGUUGUUUUUCCACACAAUGGGUAUUUUUAGCUGACUCGUCAGGAAAUCUGGUCAGUUGAGUGAGAUUUCGGACAAUGACGGAAAUUUUGUUCAAGGUCAUCAUCAUUGGUGACCCGACUGUUGGGAAAACGUCAUUUGUGCAGAGAUAUGUAAAUGAUGCAUACCGCCGGGACUACAAGAUGACCAUCGGAGUUGAUUUUGCCUUGAAGGUUGUAAAAUGGUCAGACACUCAGACCAUCAAGCUGCAGUUAUGGGAUAUUGCAGGACAGGAGCGCUUCACGUCUAUGACGCGGGUCUACUACAAGGACGCCCAUGCCUGUAUCAUCAUGUUUGAUCUGACACAAAAAUCCACCUUCCAGAAUGCAGUCAAAUGGAAGAAAGACUUGGACACUAAGUGUUCGCUAGCAGAUGGGUCUGCCAUUCCCUGCCUCCUCCUGGCCAAUAAGUGUGACCUGACUCACCGGGAAGUCCAGCAGAAUGAGAUUGAGGACAUGUGUAAGGAGCACGACUUCGUGGGCUGGACAGAGACCUCCGUCAAAGAGGGGCUGAUGAUCGACGAAUCAAUGAGAUUCCUUAUCGAGGAAAUGAUGACCAAACAUGCGGAA